UCCAAAUGAAGGUUCCUCUUUCCCUCUUUUUCAACCAAAGGCGUGAGAAACGCACCACUCCAAGAACAGCCCUUGCUCUACUGCGUGCCUACCUCCCCAGAUCCCUCCAAAGCAAUCCAUCCCAUUCACGCUCCAAAGCCAUAGAACCGAUCCCUUCCUUCACCUCCGUUUGUUCGUUUGGCAUUCAUCCCAACAUGGCCUUCGCUGCCGCGGCCGCCGCCGCCAACAAGCCCAAGAAAGUGGUGACUCCGUCCCAAUCCAACCUGUGUAUCACCCUCUUCUUCAUCGUCCUCUUCACCAUCCCCGCCCUCUUCCUCCUCCGCGCCACCACCACCACCACCUCCUCCGCCUGCGCCGCCCUCUUCCCCAAUGCCGCAGCCAAGGCCGCUGCCCACGGCCCGAAGCCCUUCCUCGGCGAUCUCCGCGACGCCCGCUUCGCGUGGAACCGCCUCUCCUUCGACGGCCCGAGGGAUGCCCGACGCCCGCUGCCGGUGCUCCGGAUUGCUGUGUUCUCCCGGAAGUGGCCGGUCGGCACGACCCCAGGCGGCAUGGAGCGCCACGCCUACACCCUCCACACCGCCCUCGCAGCCCGUGGCCACCAAGUCCACGUGUUCACGUCCCCCAUCGAGGGCGCCGCCGACAUCAAGGACAACACGGGGGGUGUGCCGACUCCUCCGCCACGGUUGCAUUUCCACGAGGGCGAGCCAGGGAGGUGGAGGUACAACAAGGCGUGGGAGAUGUUUGUGGAGGAGAACGGGCGGGAGGCGUUCGACGUCGUGCACUCGGAGAGCGUGGCGCUCCCUCACUGGGUGGCCCGAGACGUGCCAAACCUCGCCGUGUCGUGGCAUGGGAUCGCGCUCGAGAGCCUGCAGUCGGACAUUUACCAGGACCUGGCGCUGAGGCCGGAUGGCGAGCCCAUCCCGCCGGACGUUAACAAGAACAUGCAAGGCGUGAUUCCGAAGGUGCUUAACGAAAUCAGGUUCUUCCACAAAUAUGCCCACCACGUGGCGAUCAGCGAUAGCUGCGGUGAGAUGUUGCGCGACGUGUACCAAAUCCCGACCAAGAGAGUCCACGUCAUCCUCAAUGGAGUCGACGAGGCCGACUUCGGGCAGAAUCCUGAGUCGGGCCGUGAAUUCCGGUCCCAAAUGGGCGUCCCUGGGAACGCGACCGUCGUGCUGGGUGUCGCCGGCAGGCUCGUCAAGGACAAAGGCCACCCCCUCCUCCAUCGAGCAUUCUCCAUAAUCACCAAACGGCACCCGAACGUGUACCUAGUCAUCGCGGGCUCCGGCCCAUGGGCCGGUCGCUACAAGGAAUUGGGCCCUAGGGUCUUGGUCCAGGGCUCGAUGAGCCCGUCUCAGUUGGGCCGUUUCUACAAUUCGAUCGACGUCUUCCUGAAUCCGACGCUAAGGCCGCAAGGGCUGGACCUGACGCUGAUGGAGGCGAUGAUGAGCGGGAAGCCGGUGAUGGCGUCAAGGUUCCCAAGCAUCAAAGGGACGAUCGUCGUGGACGAUGAGUUAGGGUUUUUGUUCUCGCCGAACGUGGAGUCGCUUGUGGAGGCGAUGGAGACGGUGAUCACGGAAGGUCCGAAGAGGCUGGCCGAGAGAGGUAGGGCUUGUAGACAAUACGCAAUGUCAAUGUUCACGGCGAGGAAGAUGGCUUUGGCGUACGAGAGAUUAUUUUUAUGUAUAAAGAACGAGACAUUUUGUAAGUAUCCUUAGCUUUCAUGGCGCGUUUCCGUAUACAAUACACAAUUCAAAUUUUCGGAAUUUCUUUCCCUUCUUUAGGGAGAUCAAAUACAAUACAAU